UUGAUUUUAAUGCACGAAUUCCAUAUGCUCAUCGCAUGGCACUUAUAUCUGAUGAAUAUUUUGAGUUCGCAAAAAUUAGUUGUGCUGGAAAAUAUCACAAUCACGAUCCAAAUAAUCAGCAAUGUACAUAUGCUCUUCAACGCAUCAAAAAGUGUUUAAGUCGUAUAAACGAAGUUCAGAUUUUGGAUCCAUCAUGUGCAAACAUGGCACCAAAACCAAAUGAUUUUGGAUGGGAUCAAACAUUUUUGAAGGACAAUUCAGUUGACCAUCUCGUCCUUCCAUCAGCAAAACAAGAGUGUCAGAUUCAAGAUUUAGUAGUAUCUGAUGAAUGGGCAAAUGAUCAAACUGUUCAAGAAGCUCUUUAUAUUAGAAAGGGAACGAUAUCAAGGUGGACAACAUGCAAUAAAGGAAUAUCCUAUGAAUAUAAUGUAGAAAGUACUCUUGAAUAUCAUAAAAUUUUGAUCAAGAAGGGAUACCGUACAUUGAUAUUCAACGGUGAUCACGACAUGGCUGCACCAUAUAUGGGUCCUUUAGAAUGGAUUCCCACUCUCAAUCUGACUGUCGAUGACGACUGGAGACCUUGGCUUGUUAAUGGCCAAGUUGCUGGAUACACAGAGAAGUACAUGAAAAAUGACUUCGAUCUCACAUUUGCAACAAUCAAGGGUGCAGGACAUACAGCAUCAAGUUAUAAGCCUAAAGAAUGUCUAGCAAUGCUCGAUCGUUGGCUCUCUAGACGUCCUUUAUAGGUAUUGGUAGACAAGAAUGUUUGGGGUGUAAUUGUGCCCCUAAUGCAUCAAUCAUGUUGGAGAUUAAUUUUCUUUACGCUAUAAAAAUUGUGGUUCGUGAAGGUUAUUCGAUGUUAGAAAAAUAAAGUUCUCCACAGUAUUGCUUUUGUUCAUGCAAAUGUUGUAAUUGUACGAGAUUAUUGACAAGUAAUACGCAGUGAGUUGAGUAAUUGUCCCAUGAGCGAUAAAUUCUAAUUUAAGCGUA